AUGUCACAAACAGCGACGCAAACGGUGGAGACCCACCAUGAGGACAUGAUUCAUGAUGCUCAACUCGACUAUUAUUCACGUCGUCUCGCUACUGCCUCAUCAGACCACACCAUCAAGAUUUUCGAUAUUGAUGGCGAUUCCCAACGUCUGGUAGAAACCUUGACCGGACAUGAAGCACCUGUUUGGCAAGUUGCAUGGGCACAUCCCAAGUUUGGAUCCAUUUUGGCGUCCUGUUCGUAUGAUGGUCGAGUGUUUAUCUGGAAAGAACAAAACAAUGUAUGGACACGGAUCAAGGAACAUAACGUUCACACAGCUUCAGUCAAUUCGGUUGCUUGGGCUCCUCAUGAAUUGGGUGCCAUGUUGGCUUGUGCUUCUUCCGAUGGCAAGAUUUCUGUUCUCGAGUAUCGUGAGGAUGGCUCUUGGGAAACAUACAUGAUUGAAGCACAUGGUAUUGGUUGCAAUGCUGUCACAUGGGCUCCAUCUGCUAUGCCCGGUUCUUUGGUUCAAACCAGUGGUGGUGCACCUCCCAAUGUCAACUUGGUCAAAAAGAUUGUUUCGGCUGGAUGUGACAAUUUGGUCAAGAUUUGGAACUGGAAGGAUGAUGCCAAGUCGUGGGUGGAAGAAGAAACAUUGGAUGGUCAUUCGGAUUGGGUUCGAGAUAUUGCCUAUGCUCCCAACAUUGGUUUGCCAAAGAGUUAUCUCGCAAGUUGCUCUCAGGACAAGUCUGUGUUGAUCUGGACUCAAGAUACCCCCACGGCCAAGUGGGCCAAAAAGAGCCUUGGACAAAAGUUCCCUGAUGUCGUUUGGCGAGUGAGCUGGUCCUUGUCAGGCAAUGUAUUGGCUGUCUCUUGUGGUGAUAACAAGGUCACUCUUUGGAGAGAAAACGCAAAGGGCGAUUGGGAAUGUAUCCGAGAAUUAGAAGAGAAUGCUUGA